AUGAAGGUACUCCAGCUAGACGCUAAAUCGCAAGCUGAGCUCGCGCAGAUCAACAAAUCGAUCUCGAAAAGCAAGAAGGUCGUCGUGCUGACGGGCGCAGGCAUCAGUUGCAGCGCGGGGAUACCCGAUUUCCGCAGUGCACACGGACUGUACAACCUGGCCAAACGGUCGGACAAACAGCAGUCGAUUGUCAAGGGAAAAGACCUGUUUGAUAUCUCGCUGUUCAGGAACGACGAGUCGAUCACGCUGUUUUGCAAGUUCAUGCAACAGCUCUACACAAAGACGUGCACUGCCAGACCUACAAAGACCCACUGGUUCAUUCGGCGGCUGAAAAAACACGGCAAGCUGCUGAAAUGCUACACGCAGAACAUUGACGGGCUGGAACGUCAGUGCGAUUUACGGACUGGUGUCGAUACAAACUGGAAAGAGCUCGACGUGGUGCAAUUGCACGGCGACCUGAACCGGCUCAGUUGCACCAUGUGUUUUAGCCGGUUUGCGUGGGACGACGAGAGCAGCUAUACGUUGCGCGAAGGUGAGUUGCCCGAUUGCCCGAACUGCGUCGCUAAAUACAGAGAGCGCGCAGAGCUGGGCAAAAGAGCGAGCCGGUCCUCGGUCGGCGUGUUGCGGCCGGAUAUCGUGCUCUACGGCGAGCACCACCCGCACGCAGACUCGCUUGCGCGCGGGCUCACGAGCGACAUGGCAAAGAACCCGAACCUACUGAUCAUAUUUGGCACUUCUCUGAAAGUGGACGGUGUGCGCAAACUUGUGCGCCAGCUGAGUAGGCGCAUCCACGAGAGGCAGGACGGCAAGGUGAUCUUCAUCAACGACUGUGAGGUGUCCCCGAGCGCGUGGGACAAGGUUAUCGACUACCAGAUCAAGAGCGAUUGCGACGAGUGGUGCGAAUACAUCGAAAAACAAAUUCCUGCGCUGUUCGAGGAGCCCGAGGAGACGUCUAUCUAUUUCACGCCGCCGUCCACGCCUGCCAAGAAGAGGGUGGUGGAUGUGCAGAAUAUCCUGACCGAGAGUUUGAACACAAAGCCUAUUACGGCGUUGCGGGAUGUCACAAACACAAAAAACACAGACGACUCUGGGCUACGUGGUGGGGUGAAGCGCGAAUUUGAGCUGCCAAGCCCGGAGUUUAGUCCUGUGAAGAGGAGGCGAUCCCGGCUUUAG